AUGAAUUGGAAAGAUAUCAAUAGCGUUGAUUUGGAAAAGUCAUCUCUUUCACAGAAUGACUACAUUCACGCAUUAGUCAUGAAGAAGCAGUGGGAUACUAUUCUCGGCUUCGCAGAGACUAAUUCUAAAGUCUUUCUCAAAUGUCUUCAUAUUCCUCCAGUAAAAAAGAAUAUUUUCAAUAAUCUUGACGAAAAUAGGCUUUUAACACUACUGGAACGUUCAAUAGAACCUGUUCGUUCUAUGAUUUUCAACAUUUUAACAGAAUUUGCAGAUUCAAAACCAUAUAUUCAGGAUGUUGCAAUGACACUUCUCCACAAUUCAGCCAAAUAUCCAUUUAUUGUUGAUCAUGCGGCGCAAGUCGUUCUUUUAUUACCAUUAGAUAAAAUCAAGAAAGCCUUUACAACACGUGCUGCUGGCGAGGGCAAAACCGUCUAUGAGAUUAUCCUUGCCACAAUUGAUGGUGAGGACGCAAUUGAAGGAGAGUAUAUUAAUUUAAAUCCUUCUCCACGCGUUUUAUCAAAACGUCCAUCAAUCAUCGGCGUUGUUUUUGAUCUCUUCGAAGAAAUCGUUAAGAGCGACUCUUAUAUUUCUUAUGAUUCAAAUAUCAUGGAAUAUAUUCAAUCUUACUAUCCAACAUAUUCUAAGAUUCCAGCUCUCAAGGCCAGACUCCAGAAAAUUGUUAUCUCGGCAUGCCCUGAAAAAAUCAUUUGCAAGAAGACCUAUCAGUUCCUUAUUGACGGAACCUUGCCAGUUCCAUAUAAUUUCGACCUUUCAUUCUUCUUGGAACACAAGAUGGUUACAUUAGAGCAGAUCACCGAGAUGAUUAUCCAAGCUCUUGCAAAGGAUGCAGAAUUACCAAGCAUCAAAGGCACAAACCUUUCCAGAUACAUCAAGAACUUACCAAACAUCUCCAGCUACCCCAUGAAGAACAUGCUUUUGACCAUCAGAUCCAUUGCUCGUGAAGAUCCAAAUUCAAAUUACGGCAAAAUCUGGUCUCGCAUUGAAAAAGACUACGAGAAUGCUGCUGCAAAGAUGCUCAUCAACCACGGUGACGCAUCUUUAAUUGAAUUCAUUUCUAGCGCACUAAAGUAUACGAAUCUCUACAGCAACAAAUAUGCAUCUGAUUACAGCAUCAUCUUUUCAGCUGAGAAGUCCCUUGAGAUCAUCAAAAACGUGAUCACAAGAGUCAUUUCUUCCAAAGAUAAGAUCAUAUUAUCCAGCAGCCAAGCUUACACCGAUAGAAUGUUCUCUAUUGCCAAAGCAAUUGGCUGCGUCAUCGAAUACUACGACGAUGCCUUCCACGAUGACUUCUUCGUCGAAAUGUUCAGACAUCCGACAAAUCUCGACAAGCCAAACUAUGUUUACGAGAAGGACACAAUCCAAGGCUUGUUGUGCGCAAUCAAUGUAAGAGAUCCAAAGAAGAUGAGUGGAAUCUUUGUUCCUAAAGACAAAACAGACGAAUACGGAUUCCUUACAAACAGAAAGAUUGUUUUCCCACCGUUGCCAUCCUCCAUUACUAAGAAGACAGAGGAUUACGAGUGCAAGACAAUCCAUCCAAUAGAAACAUCCAUUAUCCAAUGCAGACUUCUUGUAAACAAGAACACAAAUGUUUCAUCAGCAGCAAAGAAGUUAUAUCUCUCGUUUGUCAACAAGAUGCUUCAAAUGGCAUUGAAGAACCCAGAUCUCGCAUCUCGUGCAAGCGAAAUGCAUUUCAGAUUCUGCAGGUAUUGCAUUAGAGAUGACCACGAAAUCAUUGGAGAAGAGAUCUGCAACCCAGCAGCUCUUGCAGCAGCUGCAAAGGCACAAGAUGGAAGUAUCGAAAAACUUAUCGAAAUGGCUCCAAACGCUGAUGGAAUUUUCGCAAUGUUACUCGGCAGAUUGUUAACAACAAGGAACGAAAUGCUCAAAGACGCAGAAGACUACGCAGUCAAAUUAGUUCCUUCAGUUCUCCAGAAGAUGUAUGAGAUUGAACAAAUCGAUCAUCUCAACUUUCCAAAUAUUGAAUUGAGUUACCCUGUCAAUCUCGAGAACACGAAGAAAGUUGUCAACUCUGUUCACAACAUCACAGCUCCAAAGAAGUUCAGAAACAUGAUCAUCAAAGCAUAUAUGAGCAGUGCAACAAAGGUUCCAUUUUUGUUUGAACACAAUUUGAAGCCACUUUACUACGAAAACAACGAAACAAGGAAGUUGAUCGUCAGACUUUCAUCCAAAGUUCUCAUGGCUGUUUUCAGAAACAUUUACCAAGUUGCACAGGACUUCAAACCAAUCGCUCCUGGAUCAGAGCCAUCCCACAAGUUCACUGCUGUCUUCAAUUUGUUCGAUAGACUCAAAAACCUCUUGACAAGAAAUACCAGAUCUGUCACUCCAUUUGUCAAGAAUUUCUGGGAAUUCGCAAAGAAGUUUGGAAAGAAGGCUUCUGACAAAUAUUCAAAUGGAAUUCAAUACGAAUUCAAUCUUCCUAUCACAGAGGCAACAUAUCCAAUCUUCAAGGUUUGUUACCCAGAUUCAUUGUUAGGAUCAUUGAUUGAUGACAGUGAUUUGUUCACAAUCCUUAAUUUCUUCACAAACUACGAUCCAUAUCUCAACAGUGUCAAAGCACAGGAGAAUGAGGAUCUCAACAAACAGCCAAGUAUCUUCAAACUUAAUUUCGAAGCUACUGUUGACGUUGACACAAAUCUCGGCAGAAUUUUGAAUAACCAUGAUUACAUCAACAGUUUGAAGCCAGCUUCUCAGAAAUCAAAUUACAGUGGAUACACAACAGAGUUCUUCUCAACAAUGAUGCAAAGAAUUCUCACUUUGGAUCCAGAGAAAACUCUCAAACUCCUCAUCCAGUAUCCAGGCAGUUUCGUUGCUUUCGCUGGUUUGUUAUCAAGAUUGGCUGAUCAUUGCCCAGAAGUUAAAGGAUCAACUAAAUUGAUCGAGUUGAUGUUGGAUACUGUCUUCAAAGACUUGACAGUUGUUGAUCCAGAGCCAACAGAAGAAGAGCCAAAUCCAAUUCAUUCUGAGACAAUCUUCACGAAGUACCAGAAUAAGAUGAAGACGAGGAGGCCAAAGAAGAAUGGAAGAAAGAAAGGCGCUUCUGAUUCUAAAGAUUUUACAAAUGCAAGUGACAAGAGAUUCUCAAUGAACUUGGCAUUGAUUGCAAAACUUUGCUCAAUCUUGAGAGCACCAUGUUUCGCAAGCAAGGUCAAUAUCGGCACAUUCACAGAUUCCCUCAACCAAGUCUUGAGAUUGCCACCAGACAUCAUCACACAGAGACUUGGAGAUAACGAAAACGUCGUCCAUAACUGGAGUGCACAGUUGGCUGACUUGAUCGUCUACAAUCUCGACUUCGGCAAAGACACGAAGCCAGCAGAUUGGGCGAAGACAAUGGACAAGAAGUUCGACACAUACGGAAGAAUGUUCGGAGUUCCAGCAUUGUUACAUCAGACACUUGCCGCAACACUUGACAAGUUCUCGCUCAUGCAGCAUCUCGAGGAAAGAUGCGCUCUCAUGUCCGCUUUGGCAAGUAUGACUGAGUUGUCAAUGCACGAUGAGACAUUCGCUCCAGGAGUAGGAUUCAGAAUGAAGACAAUCUGCUGGUGCUUGUCACCAGAAGUUCUCGGAUAUCCAUUGCCACAAUUCUCUGUUGAUUACAUCAAGAGAAUUUCUACAAACGAGAACUUGUCCAUUGAUAUGGUCAGAACAAUCUCAUCAUGCAUUGUUUCAUACUUCCAGUCACAGUCGUUGAUUGGAAUGAAGCCAGCACAGUUCGAUGAUUUCUUCGAGGUCUUCAAGAACAUGAACACACCGAAGUUCAACUUGUUGAUCCCACACAUGGCAAGAUUAAUCUUCAGAGACUCAUGCAAAUUGUUCGGAUACUGUGAGGAUAUCUUGCCAAGUUCCGCAGAUCCAGAUGAAGUCGUCUUCAACCCAAUCUGCUCGAUAGUUGAGAUGCCGUCAAAGGGUGAAUGGUUCCCACUCCAGACAAAGCUUUGCGCUUCACUUGUCGCACAAGGAAUCCUCUCAAAGAACGAGAAGAUCGCUCAGUUGACAAUGAAAGUCCUUACAUCUGCUUCUGGUGUCGCAUCAAUCUCAGAAAUUGUCGCUCCUCGUGUAAUCUAUUUACUCAAGAACUACUCAGUUCAGGGCGGCAUAACCUGCGCAUUGGAAUUCGCCGUUUCAUUCGUUUUCGAGCCACAAAACGCCAAAUACACAGAAGCAGUUGAUGCUUUCAUCGGAUUGAUGGAGUCAGUCAACAAACAAGUCAGCGAGAGACUUGAUAACUUGGCACAAUCAAUCUGGCUCAACAGCAUCGACGAAUCCAAGUUCAAUGGCCUUAAGCACUUCUACGAAACAGUCAAUAACUGCAUCAACGGAAUUUUGGUCAAUUUGGACUCAAAGGGCGCCAAGUACGUAUCUGAAAUCAUGAAGAGAUUGAUUCCAAACGGCAUCUGCGAUAACGAUUUGUUGCCAAUCCAAUCUCCAAAGACAUUCAUGAUAGUGACAAGAUUCAUGGCAUUCCCGAAGAUCGAAAAGCUCUACGAGACAGACAUCGACGCUCUCUUCGAGUUCAUCGAGGAAAUGAAGGACUACUUGUACGCCAUGCCAACAUUCACAAAUAUGAUCUUCUGGAACCACGCAAAUCUCUUCGACGAAGAAGUUCUCAAGAAAUCAGCCAAACUCUCUGAUGCAGCUGUUUCUAAGACAAAUUUCUUCGCCCACAUGACAGCAGAUUUGUUCCACAGAUUACACGUUAAAGGCACGGAUAUUAAGGAUUUGUUACCAUUCGCUCAUAGAUUCAUCGGCAAGGCAACUUCAAACUUCGAUCAGGUUGGUGCUCCUUCGAACGUAAAGGAGGGAUCCCUCGCAGAGCAUUACGAGGCGGAGAUCAUAAUCUACAAUGACAGACAGAAAGGUGUCAAGGCUGAACAGGGAACAACAAAGCAGAUCCAGACAAAGAGCUCAGGUAAGUCAGGUAACGCUUUAGAGCCACCAUCAUUCGAUUGGAAUGCUGCAAGUAAUGUUCAGAUUAACCAGCAGGUCACCGUUUCAUUUGCUAAUAUAUUCAAUAUCAAACUUUGA